AAAUUUUUCUGUUAGGGCGGCAUAUUUCGCUAUAUCAUUGGUACGGUGACUAUCGGGUCAUGCCCCAUAUUCAUUACGGGCAUCAGCAACUUGACCCGAUUAGUUACUCACUUUCUAACAAGGUCCGAAAAAAAAAGAAGACUAUCAAUGCACCUUCACUGGAGGUUCGUAUAACAGUGAUAUUAGUAUAUACUUGAAAUGAACACUAAAUAAAGCCCUAGCUGAUAUGAAGUUGAAGUAAAACACUAGUUGUUGUUCAAUGGAGAGUAGAGAAAGCAGUGAGAGUCCGGAAAUGCCGAAGAAGGGCAAAUCAAAAACCCCUCGAAAACCCAAAGAUAGCGUUCUCAAACAGAAGUCUCCAGCUGAGUUCUUUGCAGAUAACAAGAACAUUGCUGGUUUUGACAAUCCUGGGAAAUGUCUUUACACUACUGUGAGAGAACUAGUUGAGAAUGCACUUGAUUCUUCUGAAGCCAUCUCUGAACUUCCAGUUGUACAGAUAACCAUUGAAGAGAUUGGCAGAAGUAAGUUUAAUUCCAUGAUUGGUCUGGCUGACCAUGAACGAAGAGAUGAAGCCCUAUAUGAUGAUUUUGAGACAGCAAAGGCUCGUGAGAAAAGACUUGCCAAGGAAGCUCGGCAUCUAGAGAUUCAAGCAAAGAAUGCAGCUCUUGGGAAGAAAGUAAAAGACUCUGCAGCUACAAAGGCAGCUAAGGGUAGGGAGGCAUCGUAUUAUAGGGUGACAUGCAAGGAUAAUGGAAGAGGAAUGCCACAUGAUGAUAUCCCGAAUAUGUUUGGACGAGUUCUGUCUGGAACAAAGUAUGGAUUGAAACAGACACGUGGGAAAUUUGGUCUUGGUGCAAAGAUGGCAUUGAUUUGGUCCAAGAUGAGUACAGGACUUCCCAUUGAAAUUACAUCUUCCAUGAAGAGCCAAAAUUAUACCACAUUCUGUAGGCUGGAUAUUGAUAUUCACAAGAAUAUUCCUCACAUUCAUGUACAUGAAAAACGGGAAAACAAAGAACGGUGGCAUGGUGCUGAAAUCCAGAUUGUUAUUGAAGGGAACUGGACAACAUACCGAUCCAAAAUAUUGCAUUAUAUGCGACAAAUGGCUGUCAUCACACCCUAUGCCCAAUUUCUUUUCCAAUUCUUAUCAGAAUCUCCUGAGAAAAAUGUGAUAAUAAGGUUCGCCAGAAGAACAGACAUAAUGCCUCCAGUUCCUCUUGAGACCAAGUACCAUCCAUCCGCUGUGGAUAUACUUCUUAUCAAACGGCUUAUAACGGAAACAUCAAAACAGACUCUUUUGCAGUUCCUUCAGCAUGAAUUUGUAAACAUUGGGAAGUCUCAUGCAGAUCGUUUAAUUGGGGAGAUGGGUCCAGAUUUUAGCCCAAAAAUGUCAGUUAAAUCUCUAACACCACAGCAAAUAGUUCGCAUCCAUCAGUUGUUUCGUCAAGCCAAAUUUGAUGAUCCCAGUGGUGACAUUUUAAGUCCUGCUGGAGAAUACAAUCUACGUCUUGGCAUUAUAAAGGAGUUGCACCCAGAUAUGGUUGCGACCUAUUCUGGAAGUGCUCAAGUAUUCGAAGGUCAUCCAUUCAUCGUGGAAGCUGGAGUUAGUGUUGGUGGGAAGGAUGUUAAACAAGGGCUGAAUGUUUUCCGAUUUGCUAAUCGGAUUCCACUUCUUUUUGAGCAAGGUGCUGAUGUCGUUACCAGGACUGCUAUGAAGAGAAUCAACUGGAACAGUUACAAAAUCAACCAAACACAAGACAAGAUUGGUGUCUUUGUGAGCAUUGUUAGCACCAAAAUCCCCUUCAAAGGGACUGGCAAGGAGUAUAUUGGAGAUGACAUAAGUGAGAUAGCUUCUGCUGUCAAGACAGCCAUUCAGCAAUGCUGCAAUCAACUCAAAUCAAAAAUUGUAAAAAGGAUUCAUGCUCGUGAGCAGCAGGAAAGGAAGCGGAAUUUGAGCAAGUAUAUUCCUAGUGCUACCGCUGCUAUAUACGAUCUCCUAAAACAGACAAAUGCGCAUGGAUCAAAAAAGAGACGCUACACGGAUGAUAAUGCAGACCUACUAGAACAAGUUUCAGUUAAUUCAGUAACAAAAAAUACAUUCAAAGAAAAGCUUGCUCAGCAUGUUGAAAAGGUGGACUACGAAAUGGGUUUGGAAUAUGCCACGCAGACCGGAGUGAAUGAAGAACCUCGGGAAGACAUAUACAUAGAGUCACUGGAUGAAGAUAAGAACUUCAUCGACUUCAAGAGCCCCAUGUUUGUCUUCAGACUCUAUAACUAGUUAUUCGCUAGCUGGCUUGUCGUAGGAAUGUGUCAUUUCUAAUUUCAUUUUUUGUUUUGUAUUUUAUCAAUUGAAUUGUAUAAAUUCUAGAGGUGAAGAGGACAACACAGCGGAAAUGUAUUAUGAUAGGAAGAGAAAGUGCAACUUAUUGCAACCAUGUUUACUGAUCAUCAUACAAUGUAAAUUCAAGGUCAAAAGAUUUAUUUUCCUAUUUCGUGAGGAUGUUAGUGACAA